GUUCUUUAUUUUUGUGUUUUGUUUCUGGGUGGUUCAAUGUCAAAGAUAUGGAGACGGCGUUUAUGAACCCUCGAGAGCAGAUAUUCAAUUUACGGUCCCUGCUCAAGACCCAAAAUGGUUAACAAUGAGUUGGAUUAACUUCCGAAGCCCUGCCGUCUAUAUAAUCUUAGCCACACAUCCCUCAAUCCGAAAAUUCAGGAAAACUGAUUCUUGGCUAUUCGGAACAAGGUGGUUCUACGAUGCGGGGAAGUCUGAACAACAGGCUAUAUUUGUGAUUCAACCAUCAAGGGCAUCUGGAUCCGUUAGAACUGUGUCCUACGAUACAAGAACAAUGAACAGUGCUAGUGUAAAGACAGGAUGUUACGGAUACUACGCCUACAAGGUUGAUGCAGCUGGAGUCGUCCAAGCUAGUUUCUGCACCAAGUUGUUUCCCACCUGGAUGUACGACCUUAGGACUCAUACGAGCAAAUUUCGGAUCCGGGACCUUUUUAUUCCGGGAACUCACGAUUCCGCAUCUUAUAAUGAUGGUUCCGUAAAUCCGAAUACUUUCGUUAAUCGCUACGCUCUGACUCAGGACGACAGCAUUUGGCAGCAGCUCUUGAGAGGCGUUCGAUAUCUGGAUCUCCGGGUUGGGUACGAAAAAUCGAUGAACCCACAGUUUUGGACAGCUCACGGAGUUGUGAGGUGGCGCCCCUUAGUCAAUGAUCUUGAGCAAAUUAGGAAAUUCGCCAAGGAAACGCGGGAAAUAAUAAUUCUCGAUUUGCACCAGUUCGAGUAUGGAUUAGAUAACAGUGCUAUACACGAUCAAUUGAUUGAAGUAUUCCAUAAAACACUGAGUGACGUUCUGGUUAGUCCAUCGAUUGGAUGGAAUGGAAAGUUGCAGGACAUCUGGGCUUCCGGAAGAAAUGUUAUUUUAACUUACAACUACAUUGAAGUGGUUAAAAAGUACCCCACCUUUGUUUGGCCACCCGUUGAACAAAAAUGGCCAAAUGUCAGGGAUAUUACUCGUCUGCACAGUUACCUUACGGAUAUUCACAGACAGUUGGCUGCCAAUAGAACUUCACCUCAACCAAUAGCGGAUAUGGCCGAGUUCACGCCAACCGUAUUGGGAACCCUAACUGGAAUGGAUCCGGACUUAAGGAAGAUGGCUGAUGAGGUUAACCCUCGUAUUAGUGAGUGGUAUUUUGGCGAGUUUUGUUCGACGGCAAAUGUCGUGGCAGUGGAUUUUCUGCAAGGUACGAGUAUAGUCGAUGCUGCUAUUCACUGCAAUUUGAAGCGAGUCCCUCGAAAGUAAU